AUGGAUUGUUUAUUAGCAUACAGAUUAGUAGAACUCGCCAACGCAAAGAAGCCAGAAGCAAGUGAAAUAGCAAAAGUCAUUGAAAUCGCAGGAGGAAACGCAGAUGCAGCAAAGAUACAGGCACUUCUUAAGUCAUUCGAGGGAAAGAACUCUGAUGAACUUAUUGCACAGGGAGCAUCUAUGCUCCAGUCCGCAGCACCAGUAGCAGCAGCAGGAGCAUCAUCAGCAGCAGCAGCAGAGACUAAGGUAGUAGAGGAAGAAAGCGAAGAAGAGAGCUCAGGAGACAUGGACCUCUUUGGUUAAGCAACAAUCUUCUAGAUUUACUAUCAGAAAUAAAUUAUAUUUCCAG